AUGAGUCAAGUUCAGAUUAGACAAGUAUCAUCAAAAUCUUUGACAAAUAAUCAACAAAUUAUUGGUUCAUGGUUUCCAACUGGUUAUUAUGGUCAUUUUAGAGCUAAAUCACGUAUUGAUUUAUGUAAUGAUUUUCGUCAAUUUGCUCGACCUAGUCCACCUAAAAAGUUCUUAGAUCGACAAAAUUCUGACGCUACUUCACAUAUGUUUUCUCAACAUGAUAAUCGAUCUAAAUUUGAAUGUGAUCCACUUGUUCGAAGUACUCAAAUAGGUUUUGGUAGACGAAAAUCACAAACAAAUGUACAGGGUAAAUUCGAUCCAUUUUUUAUUAGUUGGAUUCCAGAAAAUGUCAAUCGUAAUAAUUAUAUUGAUGAUAUUAAAACGACUUCAUAUGCUAAUGAUUUUAAUUCGGAUUUAACGUCAUCACAAAUUUUAUUUAAUGCACAACCAAUUGAUUCGUCAUCAUCUUCAAAUGAACUUAGUGUUUAUUCAACUGUUUUUAAUCAUGGUCAACCAGAUGAACAACAAGCAAAACAAAUUCAUCAAGAAACAUUUCAAAGAUAUUCAGCAACUUUAACACGUCGUUCACAAAUACAACAUAAUGAACGAAGUACGAAUGUUGCUUCAUGCCUUGUAUGGAAUAAUCGAAAUAAUGAGAAUGAAUCUACUUCAUUAGAACCUCAUAUUACUCAACAUGAUAUACCUAUAAUUAAGCAACAAAAACCAUAUCAAAGUGAAUCUAUGCAAACGUUUAAAACUAUGACGCAGCCAUAUUUCAAUGCAGCUACAUCGCCAGACUAUCGUCAUAUUCAAGUAAAAUCACCACUUCAACGAGCUAACUCAUUUGGACGAACACGUACUAAUAGCAUGGAACAUCUUAUUACAAAAUAUAUGUAA